GUACAUCUUCUUUCACGUAUUCAACAUCCCAACAUCAUUUCGUAUUACGAUUCAUUUGAAGAAGAUGGUAUUCUUAUGAUUGAAAUGGAAUUCGCUGAUGGAGGAACUUUGGCUCAGUUUCUGGUGAAGUGCCAAACGUUCAUUCCUGAAGAUACCGUCACCGAUCUCAUGAUUCAAAUGCUGUCAGCGGUAGCUUACUUGCAUGAAAAUAGCGUGUUGCACAGAGAUCUGAAGACAGCCAAUGUUUUUCUGAUGAAAGACGGGUUUGUAAAAAUUGGUGACUUUGGAAUCAGCAAAGUAAUGGGAACGGAAACACUAGCUCAAGGUGCAAAGACCGUCGUCGGUACGCCGUAUUAUAUCAGCCCAGAAAUGGUGAGUUGUCCAUGA